AUGCCUGAUGAAGCGGAUAUCAUGGACGAGCUCCAUGGGCUCAAUGGAGAACUGAAAAGUUUUCCAGCCGACACCCAUUGGUUUUGUCCCAAGCGGAGCGACGAAGAUUAUGUCGAUUAUUCUCGCCCAGAUGACGCUGAGGAGGACAUGAGCGCAGAAACCAAAAAGGAACUUAUACAAGAUGCCCAGCGGAGACAGACUCUUGCAUACAAAUGUUCCCUUUUUAUAGGCUUAGAUCGCGAUGCAGGGGGGGUGAUGGUAGAAGACUACCUUGAACGUUUAAACAAGCUAUUGACGUGCUGUGACAAAUGUGUGUAUAAUUGGCAUAUGGGUCGCAAAGCAUACCUCAAAGAACUAGCAGAGAACUUCGACGAUGAGACUAUUGCAGAGCUCUCAAGCCGCCUCAAUGCUCUCGACUUCCAACGUAUAGACAGAGGGCUGGAGUCAAGUACGAAAGUAAUAUUCGAAGCGGAACCUUCAAUGAGGACACAAAAACUUCUUGCUGGGCACAACUCGUCCCUUCUAUUAGCACUUUACGAAUCACUUUGCUGCGUCGAUUAUCACAAAUCCGCAGAUAACCUCUCGAAGCACUUCGAUUUCGUCUUUGAAGAAAUACAAGCAAAGAAAGUUCUUAGGAUAAGUGACAUAUUACCAGCUACAGGCCGUUUUCUCUUUGAUAGCAACGCCAUACGACUACGAUUUGCUAGAUGCGCCUGGCAAAAAGCCAAUACUAUGCUUACACCCGAAUCAUUCGACUGGGUUGUGCAUGACACAUUGUCGGGAGCAAUAUUUUCUGUGACCCAGGGAAACUACGAUUACGACGAUAUUAUACGAUUUUGGGAAGGAUUCAUUUUGAUUUUGGACAAACUGGAUGAACACCUCAUAACACAUUCCCUCCGAGCAAUGGAAGUUCAACCAAAUGUGUAUAUGCUAGCACUCCAACAUUUGACCUGUAAAUCAGAAAGGAUUGUUCAGCUGGUCAUCGAAGUGCUUAGAGGUCUACUCAAGAAGUCCCCAAGGAACUUCUGGGCUGCAUUUGUCACAAUAUCACCAGCCACCAUUGCAGAACAAAUUUUCCAGAGUCGCUUUGAUGAAAUGCUUCACAGAAUAAAGUUCGGGGAUCCAGAAACUUCUUUUGCUCUAGCAUGGUUACCUGAGAUCGUGGAAUCACUACCUUCUGAUCGUCAAUACGAUGCCUGCAGUUCCUUUCUCCGAUUGCUCCUAGGGCGUUUUCAGACCGCGAGAUAUCCAGAGAAUGCCAGACUUGCUUGUUGUCGGGCUGCACUAGAUACUCUCCGUGCCACCUUAGACACCUUUGUCGAUUCGGAAUACAACAUCAACCCGUCGACAUCUCUUAUAUUCAUCAACAACAUCAUGGGACUUGUUGACCUGUACAAGGACACGAUCACGGGCUGCGCUGAUCUCAAUGCUAUCGACGCUACACACCAAGAACUGAGAAGGCUUGGUAUGGUAGUAAUACGAGAUGCUUUGGCACUGGAUUGCAAAGCUUUGAGUGCAGAGUUUCAAGCUCUUGUGAAAGAUAUUCCGAUACAACAGGGUCUCAGAAGUCAUUCUCAGCCAAUUUGGCAAGCUGUUCUUGAUAUUUUCCGACCAGGAAAUGUAGAUUUAGCCAAGAGUAUUCUUGCCGCAACUACUCAUCUCACCGGUUUGGAUGAACUCACACCAAAAUCAAAGAAAUUUCCGCUUCCUUCCUCCCAUCUACAAUACAACAAGGAUUUUCACAAACUCACCGAGAACGUGUCCAGAAUCUUUGAGAGGCUCAGUGAUUUUGAUGCAUCUCAUUUGAUCGAGAUGUAUCGAGACUCCCAGACCUCUCGUCCACUCUUCGCAGCCCUUGUUUCUGCUGAUCAAGAAAUAUUCGAAGCUGCUGUUGAAGUUGUUAAAGCUGCAACAGGUCAAAUAAGCAAGCGAGAAGCCAUGUCGAGCUUGUUAGAGCAGGCAUUUGUACCGAUGUUAAAUUCUUUGACUUUUGCUGUCGUCCGGAUUACCAAGGCAAAGAACUUCUCCCCAGUUCCAUAUCUGAUUAAAGUUGGGCGAGAUAUGCUCAAUGCUCUAUGUGGGAAUACGGGAUUUUUGCGAAAUCAUUCUUCUUUAGAUUCCACGGAACGGGGCGCUGUAAUGUCUUGGUGGACUAAUCAGUGGCGUGCUCUUGAUAUGAUGUUCUCCACUACCGAAUCAUGGGGAGGUCGUGUUCAGCGCCCAAAGGAGUAUCUGCAAGACUUUUGCCGAGAUGGCAUGGAAUAUGCAGAGUCUUUGUUCAAUCAAUAUAGUAUCAUUGCUUCAGCUUUAGGCGAGUCUUCUUACUCGUCUAGUGACCAGUCAAUAGCCCACAGCUCGUCGAAGACUGCACUAAAGAAAGUGUUGCAGGUUGUUUGCGUGAACGUGAACGGCUUGACUAUGAUGCUCAGACUGAGAGACAUCUAUUUAGUCAGUGUGAUUACCAGUCUCCUUGGAAAGCUUCUUCGAUCUUUGGCAGAGUUUGAUGUCGAGAUUCAUCAAUUUGCGCUAGAAUAUAUCCAAGAUGCAUGCAAAAAUGAAGAAGAGAGAGGAUUCAGGAAGACCAAUCUUACGAACCAACAGAAAGCCGAGUUACAUGCUGCUCUUGAUGAACACAAAGGCGUGGAGAUUAUAGAGAGUUUCUCUACAACGGCCAAGAGACAACAGUCAAAAAUCGAUUCGUGGUCGAAGUCAGCAGGAGGUUUAAAACAUGAGCCAUCGAUCAAUAUUAAAGAACGACAAACUCAAACCUCGCUCGAUACUUGGUCAAAGCCUGGAGAAGGCAAGAAAUCCGAACCAGGGUCAAUUGUCCAGUCUAAUAAAUCCUCACUGGCCCCCUUAACUCUUACUGAAAAACACAAGAGCAUCAUAUAUCAAAUGAAAUCGCAGCCACAACUGAAGAACGUCCAGGCUACAGAAGAUUGGAGGGAUAAACGCCGUAAAGACGCAGAAGAAAAGAAGCAGCGUGAUGCGGCAGCUAUUGCGCAAGCAAAAGCUCUUCGAGCCCCAACGGCUUUGGUGAAGGGCGAGGGAUCUGGUUUGAAGAACUUGAGCGGUGUAGCAGGUAAAGACCAUGCGCCUGUUCGAAGUGAGAUAAUGGUGGGAUCAUCAGAUGAAGAUUCGGAUGAUGAUGACGAUGGUUCUGAUACGAACCUACUUUUCACUAAAAGUCGGGAGGCUUCAAAGAAAGUCAAAGAGUAUGAGGAAAGUAGGAAAAAGAACCUUUUACAAGUCACGGGUCCUGUACGAAAGACCAAGAAGGCGUAUUCAAAGAAGGAUCUCCGCGCCCGUUUGGAGCCAAAUAUGGAUAUCAUAUAUCUCGAAUUACUCAAUUGGGAAAUAUUCCAUGAGGGCGAGGAUCCUCCAAGCAACAACGUUUGCAGGAAGAUUGCGGACAGUUUCCUAGACCUCGGCCUGUAUAAGGACACGUUCAAACCUUUGCUCAUAUCGGAAGUAUGGCGGUCGCUGCUGACAGCCAAAGAGGAGAACAAUUACAAACCCAUUGAAAUAAAGGUGUUAAAUCGUUUAUCCGUUGAUAAAUUUAUGGAAAUCAGCACUACUAUGCCAAUUUCUAAUCAAAGAGACCUCAUGGUGUACCAACAAGACAUUGUACUCCUUUCCAAAGGCUCGAAUCCACUUCAAGACAAGCAAGCGCCACACUGUCUAGCUCGUGUGUUCAGAACAACUCGUAAGCGCGAUGCAGUGGAAGUCACAUAUAGAGUUAGCAGAGACAUUCGCCCCGAGCUCUUAAACUGUUUUGUGCCCAACGGCAAGUUGUAUACCCUCAAAAUUACUGAUAUGACGACAACUCUACGAGAGUUUGCGGCCUUAAGUAGUCUCGAGUACUACGACUUAUGUACUGAAAUUCUGGAGGCAAAACCUUCUCCAUUACAGAAAUAUUCCGAUGAGAAGAUCGCGUCAAUUUCGGCCAAGUAUAAGCUCAACAAUGGGCAAGCCAAAGCUAUUUUGUCCGCCAAUGACAAUGAUGGUUUUACUUUGAUUCAAGGUCCUCCGGGAUCAGGAAAAACUAAAACCAUUGUCGCUAUGGUGGGAGCUUUGCUCUCCCAAGCGCUUCAGCAACAAGCGCAACAGGUUGGCUUCAGGCCACAAGGCCAAAAUGGCGGUUCAGGCCCCCAAGCUCAAGCACCGAAGAAAAAGCUACUUAUUUGCGCCCCCAGUAAUGCUGCUGUUGAUGAACUGGUCCUCCGGUUGAAGGAGGGAAUUUUGCCUCUGGUUGGUCCGCAUCAGAAGAUUAACGUCAUACGUGUUGGGCGAAGUGAUGCCAUCAAUUCUAGUGUCAAAGAUGUCACGCUUGAUGAACUGGUUAGGAUCAAGCUCGAAGGAGAUCAAGAAUCCAAGAAGGGUCAAUUGAGUGAUCGGGAGAAGCUACACAAAGACGCAGGGCUUAUCAAAGAGAGGCUCAAUGUCUUAAGACCUGCAAUGGAUAAAUGUCGCGCUGAAGGCAAUAAAACUUCGGAACUCAAACUACAAAGGGAAUUCGACGAGCUCAAGAGAAAGCAAGCACAUAUCGGGAACAAAAUUGACGAAGAUAAGGAAAGUGACAACAAGGUUCGGCAAAAUGAGAUCAGCAGACGUCAUUUUACGCAGGAGAUUAUCGAUGGCGCCCAUGUUCUAUGUGCUACACUCAGUGGAUCUGGACACGAUUUUCUACGAAAUGUUAAUGUUGAGUUCGAGACGGUCAUUAUUGAUGAAGCCGCUCAGUGUAUUGAACUCAGUGCCCUGAUACCUCUUAAGUACGGUGCGACGAAGUGUAUCUUGGUUGGAGAUCCUGAGCAACUACCUCCAACGGUUCUCUCGCGAUUGGCGAAAAGCUAUGGCUACGAACAGAGUCUUUUCGUCCGAAUGCAGCGCAACCAUCCUAGUGAUGUACACCUACUUGAUACUCAGUAUCGUAUGCAUCCUGAGAUUAGUCGAUUCCCAAGCCAACAGUUUUACCAAAGUCGUCUCAUUGACGGUGAGGGAAUGGCACAGUUGCGGGUUCAGCCUUGGCACGCAAGCUCGAUUCUUGGGCCUUAUCGGUUCUUUGAUGUUGUGGGUGUUCAAAGCAGAGAGACUAAAGGACAUUCUCUCAUCAACGUGCCUGAGUUGAAUGCCGCUAUUCAGCUCUAUCAACGACUUAAGACAGAUUACAGAUCUUAUGAUUUCAAAGGCAAAAUCGGUAUCAUCACAACCUACAAAGCUCAAUUGAACGAGCUUAAGCGACGUUUUGGGACGAAAUUCGGAGAUGGCAUCUUCGAAGAGAUUGAAUUCAAUACGACUGAUGCUUUUCAAGGACGGGAGCGAGAGAUCAUCAUAUUUUCUUGUGUUCGUGCCAAAGCUUCAGGAGGUAUAGGAUUCUUGAACGAUAUCCGACGUAUGAACGUCGGUCUGACUAGAGCCAAAUCGUCGUUAUGGGUUCUGGGAGACUCUAGAGCAUUGGAGCAAGGUGAAUUUUGGAAUAAGCUUAUACAUGACGCCAAAAGUCGUAGCAGAUAUACGAGCGGUGAUAUUAUGGGACUGCUGUCGAGGCCAACGUCUAAGGACGCACCGGCCAUAGAGUAUUCAAACCCAUCGUCGGUUCUCAAUGGCAAUAACUCUAGGCGACCAUCUGAGAAGAGCGACAGUGAUAUUGACAUGACGGAUGCGCCACAAAAUCAAAGUUCUCGAGGUUCAACAUCAGGCAGCAGUGGCACAACACCGGUGGAUGGCCAUGGUAGGAUGACACCAACCAACGCUGAAACGGGUGAGCAGAGAAAAAGGCCGAGGGAACAAGAACUUCAAAGAGAAAAUAUUCCGACGAAAAAGAAGAAGACACAACCCCCAGAAGUAAACCCUGCGCCACCAGCCUCUGCACUACUCAACAGCGGGUCGGCCGAGGUUAUGCGCAGUGCCCAAAAAAUAGAUCUGGAAGCAGCACUUCAAGCACAGCAAGUAAGCAAAGCUGCUGCUGCUGCGGCGCGUACACCAAAACCUAAUCUACCACCGCCUCCGCGCAGAAAGGCGCCGGCGGAUCCCUUUAUUCAGCGUAAACCACCUAAAAGAAAGUAG